AUGCGCCACAUUUUUGAUCCGUCCGAGACGGGAAGCCACAACCCAGCAGGUUUAUGGGAUGACGUUGGUGGUGGUGGUGGUGGUGAUCUUCCGAAAAUCAUGGGAAGGCAGAUAUACCUACCUGGGCCUCAGGGAGAGAUGGACGCCGUCAAUGUUGUUCUUGUUCCAAAAGACCGCCCAAAGGAGCCGCUCCAGGAAAAAGAAUUCGCCGAGGCACUCGCUGCAAUUGAAGAUACAGGAGGACCAUUACUCGCGGCCGAAAGAAUUCAGCAAACGAUCACGAGUCUGGACCCUGUCUCCGCCCUGCGUGAACAGACUGCCACCAUUACGAACCAGUUCACGGCGGAUGGUCAUGAUAUGGCGCACGAUUCGACCAUCAGUGGAGCGAUCCAGAGCCAGGACCGACAUGGGCAGAGUCAGCUUGCAACGAGGGACAUUGGGUGGCACAGUCCAACGGCUGACAUACCAGACCCGUUGAUUGAGGGUAUAUCAAAUGGCAAAUUGUUCUCCAUAAUUCGGCGCUUCAACAAGGACGUUUUCGCAGUCAGCAGUGUUCCUCCUUCCAUCACCCAAGGACGACUUGAUUUGGAAGAAUCUUGGAGCGAUGAAUAUGCAUCCGACAAAAUAACUUUGAAUCUGCAGCGCUUGUACCUGAACACUGUUCUGGAAUUGGCAAGUUUCGGAAAACAAGUAUCCCGACUUCGUUCCUGGAAAGAGACGCCAAGAACUUCAGUCUUCUGCGCUAUGUACUCUGUGGCAUGGUACUUCGAUCUCCUCACCCCCCUCAUGCUUGGGACGCUGAUGCUUGUCAUCACUUCGAAGGAGUCUCGCGACUUGUUGUUCCCCCCGGCACCGAGAGCUCUUGUCAACAUGAGUACUGGAGGACUGCAACAACCGGCUUCUGGUCAGCUGGGGACACUCGAUAGUCUGACUGGAGCUUCCGAGAAGCAACAAGGCGAAGCCGUCGAAGAGGAAGCUGCGAACUUUGUCCACAACGUCAGGCAUCUCGUCCAGAGAGCAGUGGGAAUGCACGAAAAAGAAAGGGGUGAUGGAGACCCGCUUGAGGGCAAAGUGCCCAAGCCUGUGAGAAAAGCGGUCCGAGCUAUCAAAGCAAAGGGGACGAACGAGGGCCAUGCAACCGAGGAAGAUGACCAGACUCAGGGGCCGAUGGAGAACAUACUGUGGGAUAAGGCCAGCCCGGAGAAAUUGGCUAAGGUCAUGAAGAUUGCUCCGCAUGUUGUUGGAGAGUUUGUUGACAACUGGGAACGAUUUGCGAACGCAAUAUCUCCAACGCCGCCUUUCUCAAAGUACUCCUUCCUCAGGAUUGACGCAGUGGUCUUGCCCAUCUUCUUGUCAGCAUUCUUCAUCAGCAGCUAUAUGGUCUACAAAGCGGCAGGACUCGCAGUUGGCUUCGGUAUCUUCGGCGACCCGGUCCUUACCCCUGCUCUGCAAUGGCUCAAUCGCACAUAUCCGAACUGGUUAGAGCUAGUUCAACCAAAGAAUAAUAUCCUGCGCGGGGUUCCAACGAACAAACAGUUGGCUCUUACUCUUCUCCGCAUCGGCGAGGUGUACAACACUCCUCUUCCUCCUGUGCCGAGUUCAAAGGCGGACGACAAAGACCAAAUCCAAGACAUAGAUGUCGAAAAUAUCCCAAUUGAGGCCUCGGAGGCCCAAAAGCUGUCCGCCAUCCAAGAGUCGCCGCUCGAUGCUCUUCAUCGCCAAGAAAAAGAGUCUGAGCCUGAGCCUCAGCCAAAACACAAGCGCCUCUCCAAGAUAACCCGCAUCUUCAAAAGCAAUACCAAAGCUUCUGUGGAGACUAAACUUGCUGUAGAUCACGUCCGCGCGGCUGCAGGCUCGGAGAAAGCCAAAGGUCAUCUCGGCGUCCUUCCAAAACCCAAGAAUCUGAUCUAUGCGGGCCCUAGCCACUUCAAAGCUCGCUUCGAUGGUAAACAAGGCUGGUUGUACAUCACCGAAGGCCCCAAGCCCAUCCUACUCUACACGACCAAGGAUCCGCGAUCCGAGAGUGUGCAAGUGGAAGAUCUGGACCCGGUAGUGGCACUGGACGUGCGAAGCAUCCAACAGUUGAAGCGUGCGACGGCAUUCGCCAAUAAGCCCGCAGAGAUGGCAGCAGGCUGGAGCAGCGAAAAGGAGCUACUGGGGAGCGUGGAGAUUCAGGAUCUGAGCGGCAAAGAGUGGAGGUUUACGGCGUUGCCCGAAAGAGACGAGUUGUUUAACCGCUUGGUGGCUAUCGGGGCGCAGAGGUGGGAAAAUCUGUAA